UCUUCUAACUCAUGUCCAGCAGCAGCACCUGUUAAUCUAGUCGUUGUUUUUUGCCCCGCAAAGUUAGUCUGUGAAUUACCGCGUCGCGGAACGGCGGCACUCGAAAUGAGUUGGAUUAAAGUUUUUGCACUUGUUGGUCUUCUGUUUGGAGUAGUAGCUAGCUACCAGGUCAAACCAAGGAACUAUGACAAGCUAGUUCAACAACAAAAGAAAUUCGAUGAACAAUUCGAGCAAGAAUUUCUCGUCGAACAUCUGAAGUACGCCCAAACUGGAAACAAAUCAGCUCGACUAGAGGAAAUGUUCGAAUAUCUUCGCCACAAGCCCGACAUGUUCCGAUUGGAGCUAGACGAACAUCCUAUCCCGUACCAAACUACGGAGUGUACUGCCUGCCGAGCAUUGGUCACCACCUAUCUGAUGUACCGCCGAGUGCUGAAUUGGGACCGCGAACGAAUCGCCGCUCAAGCUGCAUCUACGUGUGAAUCUUUGGAAAUUCUACUACCGGAAAACUGUGUGAAAAUUAUUGACAAAAACAUUGACGUCCUUCUGUACAUCAUCGACAAUAAGCCGAGCCUUUCCGCGCAAACCGUUUGUGGUGUCGUGUUCCAGUCCGGGUCCUGCGUUCUCGAAGAUCCCGAAUUCCUCGACUGGACCAUCAACAUUUCCCCGGGUGGUACUCCGAUAACUGCAUCAAAAACCGGUCCAAGCCGCAGCGCUAGCGAUUUUAAGAUCAUCCACGUGACUGAUCUGCACUAUGAUCCUCACUAUCGCACGGGAUACAAUGCCGUUUGUGGUGAACCUUGCUGUUGUCGCGAGGGUCAAGGCAUCCCGGCCAAUCCUGCCGAUGGUGCGGGAGAAUGGGGUGAUUAUCGCGAUUGUGACUCCCCAUGGAAAGCGGUCGAGGAUGCGGUUCGUGAAGCCGGUCGAAAGCAUCCGGAUGCAACGUACGUUUAUCAUACGGGGGACAUCAUAGAUCAUGGGGUUUGGGAGACGACCAUCGCCGGGAAUAUUCGUUCCAUAACCCGUACCAGUAGUCUACUGAAGGAGGUUUUCCCUUACAAACCGGUGUACAAUGUGCUUGGUAACCACGAGAUCACUCCAACGAAUGUGUAUGCUCCUAGUCAUAUCACAGCACCGGAGUUUUCAGCCUCUUGGGUAUAUGAAUUGGUUGCUGACCUCUGGGGUGAGUGGCUCCCGGCUGAGGCAAGGCAAACUAUUACCCGAGGCGGAUUCUACACGGUUCUCGUACGUCCAGGAUUCCGAAUAAUCGGUCUUAACAAUAACGAUGCCUACACCUUUAACUGGUGGAUCCUCUAUGACCCAGCUUAUCUCCGGGGCCAACUUCAGUGGCUACAUGAUACCCUACUGCAAGCUGAAACGGCCGGAGAAAAGGUUCACAUUUUGGCACAUAUCCCGAUCGGUUCCGGAUCAACGCUCGUUACCUGGGCUCGACAGUAUCGACGUAUUCUCGAUCGCUUCUGGGAUACUGUAACGGCUCACUUCCACGGUCACACUCACGCCGAUGAGUUUAAUAUAUUUUAUUCGGCUGCCAGUCCACAGUUCGCUAUAAAUGUGGCAUUCAACGGUGGAGGUACCGUCCCGUUCAGCAACUACAAUCCAAACUACAUCGUGUACUAUGUGAAUUCACAGACCUUCGAAGUCACCGAUUACGAAUCGUUCUACUUCAACCUAACGGAAGCCAAUCUGCAUCCGUUAAGGGAUCCACUGUGGCAGGAUCUGUAUUCUUUUUCGCGGGACUUUAGCAUACCGAAUGUUUCGCCUGCAACUCUGGACGGGCUGGCUCGUCGGUUCGGAUCUACGCCCACAGAUCUUCAUCGCUACUGGGAAUUCAAGGUGAAACGUGGAGAUCCUUUCCUGGAACGGGGCUGCGAUGGUAGCUGUCUGAUAAACCAAUUAUGUGGGAUUGUUCGCAAUGAAGCUAACGACGAUCGGAAGUGUGACGAGAUGAUUGCGAUCUAUAGGAAGGGGGAGGAUGAUCGGUGGAAUGAAGAAUAAUAAA